ACUUAAGCCUCUUUCAUCCUCUAAUUCACAGCGCCUGGAUGGCCGCCGUACUACCCUUUUUUAUUACUUAGUAUAAGUUCAUUUACAGACAUCAUGAGUCGGAUGGAGUCUGUUCUACAGUCCUCCCAAGCUCCAACAGCCUUGCCUGUUGAUGUCGUAUCUGCUUUACACACGUUACAUGAAUUUGUGGCUACCGCAACAUCCAUUCCUCCGCAAAUUAUUGUCACAUGUAGAGAUGAUAAACGUGCGUUUGGAAGAGCGGCGUUACAAGCCAUGAGCUACAGGAAGGCAGUCGAUAUGUUCAUCACUAGAUUUGCCACAAAGGAAGACUGGUGGAUAUCUGAGUAUCGGUACAAGCCCGAAGAAGAUGAUGACGGUAUGGUCAUCCUCGACGAGCGGGGAUGGUCAGAACUCAUUGGCAAUGUUGUGAAGUUGACGAUCAUCUUCACGUCGCUCAAAUUCACCGUCACGGCGGCGCAAUCCUCAAAAGCAUGAUUUAAUACGGCAGGCGAUAGGGACUAUAAUGAACAGAUCAACGAGUAUCUUCCACGGAGUGUAACAGAAAUGUGUAUAUUCCAUUUUGGUUGUAGCUUUCACCACUAUCUAGAAAACCGUCAUCGCCAAAUGCACAAAACAAAAGGCAUAGUGCUGCUAGCGAAAGUGAAGCUGGAGGAUCCUUCUGCGCCGAAGAUUUAUGUCCCUUCCUCAUGAGUAAGAGUGGAAGAGUGAUAAGGAAUCGGCAAGGUUGGAAGAACAAAAACUGCAGUUCGUCGCAAACUUAUGUGGCUCGGUAAACUCCGGAGAAUCGGAC